GAAAUUUUGGUUCAAUGUGUAAGGCAAAUUUUUACUACUUGUAAAAUGUAUUUGGCAGCAUUUGAAAAAUGAAAUGGUUUGAAAUGUAUUGGAUGAACAAAAUCAUCAUUGCUACUCAGAUUUUCGUGUGAAUGUACAGUUUAUAACUGUUCCAUAUGCUUUGUGAUGAAAUUAAUAAGUGAUUAUCUAUAGACAGAAGAAAGAGCUGAUCAUAUAUAUAUAUAUAUGAGAGAAGAGUGAAAUUUAGGAGUGAUUAUCAAUAAAAUUUGAAAACCUUAAAAUUGGAUAGAGAGAGAGUAAUGGAAUAUCACUUUCAAAUGAAAAUAAAAUCCCACUGACCAAGAUUUCAUGAAAGAAAUGACCUAAUAUGUGGCAUACACUCGUCCAUGCAAACUUCUCUGCUAUAGUCCACCAAUAUUUCUAUCCAUUUUUUUCCUGAAGAAAUUUUUUUUUUUUUCUUGAGUUGAGAUCAUAAAGUCAAUUUCUCUAUCCUUUUAUGUUAUUUCUCCUAUAUAUAUUGGACUCUUUCCUCACAUUCUUCUCAUACCACCCUUUAAUCUCUUCUCUCUUAAUAAAUAAGAAAACUUCUUCCUUUCUAUCUGUUAUUAGCUUCCCUUGAGUAAGUUAUCUUUACAAGGUCUCAAGAAAUAACUAUCUAUGGCUGCCAUUGAGUACUCUUCCAAUGAGAUUGAGAUAAAGGUUAAUGAAGAAAUUAUUAGCUCUAGACAAGUGGAAGCUGUGAAUGAAAAUAAGAAUACCGAUGGAAAGAAGAAGCUGAAAACAAGUAAUUCUCUUACCAGGAAGAAAUCAGGAGGAUGGAAAUAUGCAAGUCUCUUGCUAGUGAAUCAAGGCCUAGCAACAUUAGCUUUCUUUGGAGUAGGUGUGAACUUGGUGUUGUUCUUAACCAGGGUUCUAGACCAAGAAAAUGCUGAUGCUGCCAAUAAUGUUAGCAAGUGGACUGGAACUGUUUACCUCUGCUCUCUGAUCGGAGCAUUCCUUAGCGAUUCGUACUGGGGUCGGUACUUGACAUGUGCUGUCUUUCAGCUCAUACUCGUGCUGGGUUUGGGGCUACUAUCACUUGCUUCUUGGCUUUUCUUGAUCAAUCCUGCGGAUUGUGGUGAUGGAAUAAAAGUCUGCAUGCCCUCAUCAUCAGCUGGUGUCGGCAUUUUCUACUUAUCAAUAUAUCUGAUAGCCUUUGGAUAUGGCGGGCAUCAACCAACCAUAGCCACUUUUGGAGCAGACCAGUUUGAUGAUUCACAUCCGAAAGCAGCAGACUCGAAAGCUGCAUUCUUUUGUUACUUCUACUUUGCACUUAACGUCGGAUCUCUAUUUUCAAACACUAUACUGGUUUACUAUGAGGAUUCAGGAAAAUGGACGCUAGGCUUCUUGGUUUCGUUAGGCUCUGCAAUCAUAGCCCUAUUAUUGUACUUGUUGGGGACAGCAAGAUAUAGGUAUAUAAAACCAUGUGGCAAUCCACUGCCACGCGUAAGUCAAGUAUUCGUCGCUGCAUAUAGGAAGUGGGAUGUUGUGCCAGCUACUGCUAAUGCCUUGUAUGAGGUGGAGGGAACAGAAUCUGCCAUCAAAGGGAGCAGAAAAAUUCUCCAUAGUGGUGAUUUCAAGUUCCUGGACAAGGCGGCUACAAUAACGCAGAAUGAUUUGUGUGGACCAAACGAUCCAUGGAGGCUCUGCACUGUAACUCAAGUUGAAGAAGCCAAAUGUGUCCUAAAAAUGUUACCCAUUUGGCUCUGUACUAUAAUUUACUCUGUCGUCUUCACACAAAUGGCAUCGAUUUUUGUGGAGCAAGGAGAUGUAAUGGCCUCCAAACUUGGAGACUUCCACCUUCCUGCUGCCAGUAUGUCUGCUUUCGAUAUUUGCAGUGUUCUCAUUUGCACUGGAAUCUAUCGUCAUAUCCUCGCGCCCUUGGCUGGAAGAUUAAGUGGAAACCGUAAGGGAUUGACCGAGCUUCAAAGAAUGGGCAUUGGACUCAUUAUUGGAAUGUUUGCAAUGAUUGCUGCUGGUGUCACAGAGAUACAAAGACUUAAAUUUGUGACCCCUGGUGAGAAGAAAAGUUCUUUAAGCAUAUUUUGGCAAAUUCCACAGUAUGUUUUUGUUGGUGCAUCUGAAGUUUUCAUGUACGUUGGUCAAUUGGAGUUCUUCAAUGGACAAGCUCCGGAUGGUAUUAAAAGCUUUGGAAGCUCCCUUUGCAUGGCUUCCAUUUCUCUUGGCAACUAUGUUAGCAGUUUAUUAGUUAACAUGGUUAUGGGGAUUACAGCAAGAGGUGAGAAUCCUGGUUGGAUUCCAUCUGACCUGAAUGAAGGCCAUUUGGACAGGUUCUACUUCCUUAUUGCAGCUCUAACUGCUGUUGAUUUUAUAAUCUAUGUGUAUUGUGCUAAAUGGUACAAGUGCAUCAACCUUGACACCGGCGAGAAGGAAAUUCAAUUGGGAGAACAACAAAACGAUAUGCUCGUAAAAGUUUAGUUUGCAAGCUCCAUUUCGCUUUUUAACACUCAAGAUACAAUCGAGUGACAACUUUUGGAGCUAGCACCUUUAUAGUUGUACCCUUGUUAAAUAACGUUUUCGGAAAGAAUCCAUUUCCACACGGGAGGCAUGACCUUUACCUGCAUGAUUGCCUCCUUGGUAUGGUAGUACUUUCGUCUUCAAUGUGAGGUUGAGGUUGGUAGAGUCCAUUAGCUAGUUGGUGGACUUGGUUAUGUUUGUUUGUUGAAAAUUUUUAAAUUAUUUUUCUU